CCCUCUCCCCCCUAUCUGCACACACGGAGCGGAGGGCAGCUUCUCCAGCACCUCCCGUGGAUCCAACACAUCUGGAGCCCCUCAUCGCCAACUCAAACGUCAGGCUUUUAUGCAGUACCCCUCCUCCUCCUCCUCCUCCUCCUCUUCCUCCCGCUGAUGGUAUUUAUAAAGAUUCAAACACCCUGAGUGUGAUUGAAGUGCUGGGAGCCAGGAAGUGUCCGUCUGAGCUCCAAACGCCCAUCUGCCAGGACGACAAACCGAUGAAGAGAGAAUGUGACAUGCUAUCAAAUCCUGGAUUAUCUUUUAUCGGCAUAUAGGGCCUCGCUCACUCUGACCUGGACCAUGAGCAAUGAUCUGCCUGUUCUGACGAGUCUGACCGAGAACUCCACUCGACAGGAUGUGCCCGUGUCGGCCGGCCAGGUGGAGAACUACGUGCUGCUGCUGGUGCUGCUGAGCGUCUUCGCCGGGGGGACGCUGGUCCUGCUCUCCCUGCUGCUGCUCUUCUGCCACCGCUGCUGCUUGGGCGGACGACGCUACUCCAGAGCGAGCGAUGACCCUGAGAAGACAAACACGACUUACGCCGAGGAUUCUCAGCCCACACAAGAGAUCACAAUUCGCCUGGAUGAAUCAGACGCUCUCUCGGCGUCGAGCUGUCACGAUGGCGAGUCGGACCGAUUCGUUUCCACUGGCUCCACUGGCCGCAGAGUCUCCUUCAAUGAGUCUGCUCUGUAUGAACAGGACAAAAACCCUCAGGAGAAAGGACGCAGGUACACACUCACUGAAGGAGACUUCCAUCACCUGAAGAAGGCCCGGCUGACCCACCUCCACCUCCCUCCAGCUCCAUGUGACCUGAAGAUACUGACCAUAAUGGAGUGUGACUCCACAGAGAGCAGCACCAUCAACAUCAGUGAAACUGCAGCUCCCAAACUGCCCCUCAGCAUCUACCAGCCCGCUGAGAGGAGAGUCUCUGACUGGAUGGCACAGAGCAUGAGUGGAGGACUGCCUGGAGAUCCACAUCACUCCACUGUCCUGGACCGGGGAGACAGACAGUCCUCCUCGGCCCUGAAAACCCAGCGCUCCCAGACUAUGGAGGCCAUCGGGGACAGGGACGAGGACGACGGCGAGCUGGGACCGAGGGGAGAGUCCACGCAAGCUCCGGGUACGACUUCCGUCCUGCAGUUCUUCUCCAAGCUGCGGCGGCACGCCAGCCUGGAGGGGGCCGGGCCUUACUUCAGGAGGUGGAAGUUCGACACCAGCCACCGGGCCGCCAGUCUGGAUGCCAAAGGAUCCCCGAAGAGAAAGCCUUUUCAGAGACAGCGAGCGGCGAGCGAAACCACCGAUCACACCGACGAGGACUCCUCUCCUUUCCGCGACGACGCCUUCGAAUCUUUCCCGCCUGUUGCCAUCCAGACCAGCGGCCUCCAGUCCCUCUCUGCAGAGUCUCUGCCCCGUCCUGAAACCGCUCCUACGUCCUCCGUCUUCCUCAGCAGGCUGAAACUGGAGGCCAUGGUGGAGGUCGGCACCAGGAGAGAGGAGCUCAGUCUCCCACCGGAUCCUGCUCUGGGACAGGCUGAGAUCUCAGUCAAUGGAACCGGAGUGGAGCAAGAAACCGCGUUCGGAGCGUCGAUAGCUACCAAAGCGACGAGACACGAGUUGGAGUCUGCAGAAGACGACAACCUGUUUGGCUCAGAACCAGAAGCCGCCAUCCAGGACAGGUUUGAAGACUCGUUGAGAACGUCUGAGGGAGCAAAGACAGACGUCGGCACGGCUGAUGCGAGCAAAAGGAGCGACGCGGAGACAGACGAGGGAGACGAGGCGGGGUUGGGAGCCGUAGCCAGAAGGAGGACGGACUCGGGCUCGUCUCUGUCUUUCAUGAUCCGCCAGGAGAGCUCAGAAGCGCCUCCGUCCCUCUACAGAGACAUCUGGAGCUUGAGAGCCUCUCUGGAGCAAUACGCCUCGUCAGAUCAGAGCAGCACAGACCGGGAGUCGGUGCGCAGCGACGCCGACAGCGUCUCGUCCUUCGGUGGCGCAGGAGCUCGUUCGGGCUUGGACACCUGCUUGUCACAAGACCUAGAUGAUGAGCCCGAAGGAGACGGCGAGUUGGAAGGAGGGACCAGAGGGGCGUCGGGGGGAGAUGGUGAGACGGGCAAUGCAGCUGGAGGAGAGGUGGAGGGAGGAAACAGGAAGCUCCUUCAAAUGGACAGUGGUUAUGCCUCCAUAGAGGCGCCACCCAGGGCCCCAGAAGACAUGAGGCUGUUUGGAACUCCAGGGGCCGCUCGGGGGAGGACGGCGUCUGAGAGGAGGCUAUUUUUCACCAGCUCUGGGAGAAAAGGUUCAGUGUGUGAGAGCGUGGACACCAAGCUGUUCCAGGAGGAGCUGGAGGACCAGAUGGCCCUCAGCGCAGACACAGAGGGAAGCCUGAAGCAGAAAUCGCAAGGCGGCGGCGGUCUUUCUCAUACCCUCCAAGAGCCAUAUCAGCUGCUGAAAUCCCUCCAUCCUCAGAAAGUCCCAGAAACACAGAGUCAGCUCAUUUCCCCGCUGGUGAGCCCGCUCCCACAGCCGCCCAGUCCGCACCGAUCCCGCCUCCGCCGGCGCGACUACAGCAUCGACGAGAAGACGGACGCUCUCUUCAACGAGUUCCUCCGUCACGAUCCACGCUUCGAUCAGCAGGACUCUCCUUUGCGCUCCAGGCACAGGUCCAGGGUUCACCUGCGCAAGCAGUGGCAGAGACACAAGCAAUACAGCGACCCGGGCUCGGCGUCCGGGGGGAGGUACUCGCCGUCUUUGGAGAGGCAGAGGUUCACCCCGCUGAGGAGGGGCGACAGUGCCGGGUACCCGCUGGACACCAGGUACCACAGCACCCUGUCGCGGAUAGCAAGCGCCGCCGACGAAGAAGCCAGCGAGGUCGCGGCCUCCGAGGAGGCGGCUCAGGAGCGAGCAGAAGACCCGGCGGGGGGGAGAGCUGCGGGGAGCGCAGCCGGCAAAACGUCCGAAGGAGCGGACCCGACGAGAAGCGCCUCCGCAGAGUUGUCUGGUGAGACCGGUGGCUGCCAGGUGUCCACAAACAAGGAGGCGAGAAGCACGAGCAGCUCUGUGGGAGCACAAGGGAGCCACAUGGACCCGAGGGUGGACAACAGGAACAACAACAGCAGUCAGGCCAUCCUAUCAGAGGCGAGCCUGACGGACAAACUGGUGGCGUCAGUGGACGACAGGCUCUACGGCGGGCUGCGGAGCGCGGAGAAGCCCCAACAAGCAGGAUCCGAGGUCAUGGUGACGCACACUGCCUCACCUGGCUCCAAUCCCACAUAAUCCUCCGCCAUCGUGUUCACGGUGAAACCACAACAAAUCAAGCACCAUCAUGCGUUAGACGCGGUGUCAGACAUCUCCAGCAGCAUCACCUGAACUGCCACUGUGACGUCCGUCUUUCCCCUGAGCAGAAAACCCAUCGCAGACGUUUAAAGAUGUAGACGCAUCUUUAGAGGGACGUGGUUAUUUUCUAACUCACCUGUGACUUUUUAGCAUGCUACUAAGAGUCCAAAAUAUGUGUGUUUGUGAAUAAUGUACAGUUUUAACUUCAACGAGCACCUUGAACGGAUGAAAGCUACCGCUGGUGUUUGUCAGCCAUUUCUCUCAUUUCCCUGUCCUCCUCAAGUGUCCUUGUUCGUCUCCGCCGCCGUCAGAGUGAAUGGUCGUGUGAGAGCGGUCGUCUCCACAUUUACGCGAUACGGUGCCCCGCAAAUGUAUUCACACCCCUCUGAGCUUUUUACACAUACUUACCACUACAUUGUAUGCAUUGGGGUGGACUUUUAUGUGAUAGACAAACACAAAGUAGCGCAAAAUUAUAAAUUAGAGGAC